GGCCCGCCGCUUUCUCGCCGGCGAAACUACAUUUCCCAGCGGCCUGUUCGUCCGCGCGAGCUCGUCUUUCCCGGCUCGAGAGGCAUCGCGAAACCUCAAGGGCUGUGCCGGGCAGCGUGGGUGCGAGGAGUCCAGGGCGGACAGGCGAGGCCCGGCCGAGCUCACGCGCCCCGAGAUGGCUCGGAAGCAGGACGAGCAGAGAGCGGGCGCGCCCUUGAUGGCGGAAGGCAAGCCGGACGCGGAGGUUAAGCUCAUUCUGUACCACUGGACACAUUCCUUCAGCUCUCAAAAGGUGCGCUUGGUAAUUGCUGAAAAGGCAUUGAAGUGCGAGGAACAUGAUGUAAGUCUGCCCCUGAGUGAGCACAAUGAGCCUUGGUUUAUGCGUUUGAACUCAACUGGAGAAGUGCCUGUCCUUAUCCACGGGGAAAACAUAAUUUGUGAGGCCACUCAGAUCAUUGAUUAUCUUGAACAGACUUUCAUGGAUGAAAGAACACCCAGGUUAAUGCCUGAUAAAGAAAGCAUGUAUUACCCGCGGGUACAACAUUAUAGAGAGCUGCUUGACUCCUUGCCAAUGGAUGCCUAUACACACGGCUGCAUUUUACAUCCUGAGCUAACUGUGGACUCCAUGAUCCCAGCUUAUGCAACCACAAGGAUUCGCAGCCAAAUAGGUAACACGGAGUCUGAACUGAAGAAACUUGCUGAAGAAAACCCAGAUUUACAAGAGGCAUACAUCGCAAAACAGAAGCGACUGAAAUCAAAGCUGCUUGAUCAUGACAAUGUCAAAUAUUUGAAGAAAAUUCUUGAUGAGUUGGAGAAGGUCUUGGAUCAGGUUGAAACUGAGUUGCAAAGAAGAAAUGAAGAAACUCCAGAAGAAGGCCAUCAGCCCUGGCUCUGCGGAGAGUCCUUCACCCUGGCAGACGUCUCGCUUGCUGUCACAUUGCAUCGACUGAAGUUCCUGGGCUUUGCGAGGAGAAACUGGGGAAAUGGAAAGCGACCGAACUUGGAAACCUAUUACGAGCGUGUCUUGAAGAGAAAAACAUUUAACAAGGUUUUAGGACAUGUCAACAAUAUAUUAAUCUCUGCAGUGCUGCCAACAGCAUUCCGGGUGGCCAAGAAAAGGGCCCCAAAAGUUCUUGGCACCACCCUUGUGGUUGGUUUGCUUGCAGGAAUGGGAUAUUUUGCUUUUAUGCUUUUCAGAAAGAGACUUGGCAGCAUGAUGUUCGCACUUAGACCCAGACCAAAUUAUUUCUAGGCUUGUUGCUAUCUGGUGGUGGCAACUCAUCCAACCAUUCAACUAGACCCUUGUUCACUCUUCCAGACCAAGUGAAGAAUUAUCCUGGGCAACUAGUAGAAAGCAGAAUUUACUUUACUCUUUGAGCAUUUUAUGCAGGGAGAGGUUAUUAUGAAUUUUUUUUUUUUGUGGGCUGGUAACAGAUUACUUAUUUGCAAACCUGAACUAAUCCAUCCUUAAAACAUGUGCAAGGUCAAGAUAUAUAUAUAUAUAUAUAUAUAUAUAUAGAUAUAGAUAGAUAGAUAGACACAGAGACUAGACCUUUAACUCAAAAUGCUCAGUUCAAGUUCUGAAUUAUUCUGUGGGAGAAGGUUAUUAUGAAAAAACAGUAGUAAUUGCCUGUGAUUUCCCAUAGCUCUUCAUCUGAGACCAUCUGGAUGUGCUGAGUGUUGAGUAGUAGCAGUAUUUUCCCCUGGAACUCGGAAGUCAUCUUUAUUACACAGCACAGAGGUUCAGAUAGCAACAGGGAACAGCAUUGUAUCAUCCUACCGCUGCUAGCUUCAGGCAGAAAUAAAGGAAGCAAAGGGAAAAGGAAGAAGGAAAAAUGGGAGAAUGAUGUCUGUAUAGGGUGGAGGAGUAGCGUGUAACCUCCAGGUGCCUCCAGGAUCACUCAUGGCUGCCUGUCCCUUGGUAAAUGUCACAUUUAGCUACUUAUGGCCACUGCCCACACAUAUACUCCUGUAACUGAGAACUCUUGGGGGGAGACGGAUAGGGAGUGAGUUACUGAGGUUAGUGGGCUGGAGAGAACCCCGGGCUUUACAUAUUAGCACCUUGUUUGACCUCAGUGUUAAUUUUAAAUGCUUGUGAAUCACACCCAUUGAUUUAAUAAGAUUAAGUGCUCAUAUGCUUGGGCAUGAGAUGCCUAUGGAACACAUCUGCCUAGCAUUUAUAUGAAAGUUUUAAGUGAUGUUACGGUGGAUCCUUACCAUUUCUCAUGCUCCCCAAUCCCAUGGUGCCUGUGAGAUGUCAUUCCUGUGGACCAUCGUGUCCAGUUACUGGGGGACUUGGCCUCUAUGGCCCUCUUUGCACUUGAGUGGCAUUUAGGUGAAUGUCCCAGGUAAUGACUAGCAUGGCAUGUAGCUGAGCAGUGGAUAUUUUGAUGAUCUGGGGAUACCAAAUGUGUUUAUUCUUCAUUUAGGAGGCUUGUGCAUUAAUACAAAAAGUGUUGUCCAGCACUUGAAUGCAUUUAUGAUCAUCAAUAAAGCCUUAAAAGUUGAGAAAGAGAAAGGUGUCUAGUCUUAGCCCUGGCAGUUAAUUUAAGGAAGGUAAAAUAAGUGGAUAGUGAUGCCCACCUGUAUUUAUUUACGUAUGUCUAGGCAUUUUGGUGGUACCUCAGUCCAUCUGGAAGGGACAAUGUCAGUGUGUUCCAUAAACUGCAACAUACUGCUUAUGCUCAGGAAAAAAUCUGUCAUGGUUAUGGGAGGGCAGUUUCUCUGGAGCUGGUCAUAAAGGCAUUGAGAGCAGUUUCAGUGUUGGUAGGUAGCACGUAUGGAAACGAGGAGCUAAGAUUCCAGUGAACAACAAAAGCUUGCUUGUAACAUCUCAGAUGGGUUGUGCAAAAGAGGCAGAGAAUGUACUGUCUUUUUCAUUGACAGGAAACAGUCAUGCCUAGGAAACAAUGACUUUCUUUUUUUUGUCCUUUUUGAGACCGGCCGCACUGCGCUCAGCCAGUGAGCGCUGUGAGCGCACC